UAGCAGUUUCCUCGUAGUGCCAUUGAAGUGAGUCAUCUCUAGGAAGUGGGGUGAAAAGGAAAAGAAAAAAAAAAAGUUCGAGCUGUUCCGUGAACAGCAGCGAUCUUAUAGGGUAGAGCAGCGCAAAGGCGACGGAAAUAUUCAGAAGAGUAAAAACAGGGAAUAAUAGGCUUUUAAAGGAAACGAUAACCUGCGUGUGUCACUCUGAAUACAGGCUGACUCCGACUGGCUGAAGGUGCGUCGCUGACUUCUAGUCUAAGUUUUGAGGAGGAUCUUAGACAGAAUAGUCUGAUUAGUAAAAGCACAAUAAGAUCAAAUCAUCUCAAGCAGGGGGGACUAAAAAAAUAGAUAUAGUUCCAACUUGCGAUAUCAGUAACGUGUUCUAGGCUAGAGAAGGAUUAUUGCACUUGGCCAACUUUUUUCUUUGGAUAUCUCCAGUGAGAGGAUUUCUGUUGGUGCCUUCUCUUCUUUUUUCUUUUUUUUUUUUUGUUGCGGGGAUUUUUCUAAAGAAAAGGCUCCAGGCAGAGCUGCACCAGCCGGCUGAGAGCCUCCUCUCCCCUGGACCAUGUACCAGGACUACUCCGGGAACUACGACACCUCGUCCCGCGGCAGCAGCACCUCCCCGGCCCAGCCGGAGUCCUUCACCAGCGGCAGCAGCACCAUCGGCAGCCCGGUCUCUACCUCCAGCUACCAGAAAUACAGGAUUGAUAUGCCUGGCUCCAACAGUGCCUUCAUCCCCACAAUCAAUGCAAUCACAACCAGCCAAGACCUUCAGUGGAUGGUGCAGCCCACCGUUAUUACCUCCAUGUCCAACCCGUACUCCCGCUCCCACCCGUACGGCCAUCACCUGACCAACGGGCCGGGCCUGCUGGCUCACAACACGCUGACCCGGCCCGGGGUCAUCCGCUCCAUCGGGGACACCAGGACCCGACGCAAGAGGGAUGAGCAGCUCACCCCGGAGGAAGAGGAGAAAAGGAGGGUGAGGCGCGAGAGGAAUAAGUUAGCCGCGGCCAAGUGCCGCAACCGCAGACGGGAGCUCACCGAGAUGCUGCAAGGGGAAACGGAGAAGCUAGAGGACGAGAAAGCAGACCUGCAGAAGGAGAUUGAGAGCCUGCAGAAGGAGAAAGACAAGCUGGAGUUCAUGCUGGUGGCGCACAAUCCCGCGUGCAAGCUGCCCAUCGGUGAGCGCCACCAGCAGCACCAGCAGCAGCAGCAGCAGCAAUGCGCCCCGCUUCCCCUCACCAUGCGCUCCAACAUGGGCUUAAGGGCUCAGGUAAACCACGUGGUGGUGAAGCAAGAACCAGAGGAAAUGGAGGAUGAGAUGGGCAAACCUCAGCGCUCCGUCAUCAAGCCCAUCUGCCUGGGCGGCAGCGGGGGGAUGUACUGCCCCGAUGGAGACAGCCUGAACACGCCGGUGGUGGUGGCGUCCACGCCGGCCGCCACGCCAAACGCCAGCAACCUUAUAUUCACCUACCCAAACAUGCUGGAGCCCGAGAGCCCGUCACCCUCCUCCGAGUCCUGCUCCAAGGCCCACCGGCGCAGCAGCAGCAGCGGAGACCAGUCCUCUGACUCCCUCAACUCGCCCACCCUGCUGGCUCUCUGAGUGGGGGGGGGAGGGGGAGGAAAAACUAACACUGUGGUUGAGAGCAAACGUGAGGACCGACUACCCCUCCACCCUGCCGCCCUCCAGUGUCUUCAGAACACGAUCCAGAGUCCAGACCAAGCUGACCAUGUGAGCCGUCUCCUCUGUGGGCCGGAGACCCACAAGUGCUACGCCACGUCUCUUCUCAUCCCACUUUAGUGUCACGUUUUCAGUUUGUCGUAGUGUGUGGAGCAAACCUAAAAGGCUUUGUCCCAAAAUCAUUUCAAGUCCACAGUGUCAGUUUGUUUACGGACUGUUCUGAAGAAAGAUAUGCCAGUAUAUGGCAAUCAUGUUAGAUGUGACUAUGACAAAAAAGUUCUAAGAUAUAUAAGAUAUAU